AUGAUUGAUUUUGGGCAGUUUUCUGCAAAUAAUUCUAUUCGGAAUAUCUCUGUAACUUCGCUUCUUAAUUUUCGAUCAUGUGUAGAAGCAGCUGACCGUUAUUAUUUUUGGAUGCUUGUUCUUCUAAUCCUUCCAGCUGUUAUCAGUUGUUGUUCACUAGCAAUAUCACUUAUCACCAUUAUUCAUGUCCGUCGGUUGAAAAGUGUUACAGAAGCUAUCACUAGCAGUACCCAUUGGUUGGCAAGGACGGCGAAUCGAAUUGGAUUGGGUGUUAGUGCCCAAAAAGCACUAAUGGAAUAUGCGAAAAAGAAAAAUUUGUUAAAAUUAAUUCCAAAUACUGGGCCUAAAAUUAAAACACAUGUUUCAAUUCGUAUGUUAGCUAAGAAAAGAAGUUCAAUUCAUUCAGUUUCUUUAGCACAAAUGCCAUUGCAGAUGACAUUUAAUCGAAAGAAAGUUGAAGGACUAAAUGAACUGAAUACAUUAUUGAAGGAUCUCAAAUGUCGUGCCGUUAUUUUGUUCAGCGGUUCAAAAGAUGGUGGCAAAAGUUGGUGUCCAGAUUGUGUUCAAGCGGAACCUGUAAUUGAGAAAGUGAUUGAACAAAUUGUAUCUUCUAAUGAUACGGACAUAGAUUUGACAUUUAUCGAAUGCGCUGUUGGACCACGGACGUGCUGGAAAGAUCAAACAAAUGCAUUUCGAACUGAUCAGAGAUUUAAACUAAAAGAAAUUCCCACAUUACUGGAUUAUAGCAAUAAGGCAAAGAGGUUGUCUGGUGAACAGUGUGCUAAUGAGCUGUUGGUGAAGGAAUUAUUCCUUGAAGAUUAA